AUGCCGGUCCGGUGGCCGCCCCGCCAGCCAGGGCUCUCGCUGCCGGAGGAGGAAACCCAGGGGUCAGCAGCGGGGAGGCCUUUCCCCGCAAGCCGCCCCUCCCUGCAUCAGUCGCUGCUGUCCAGCAACGGCUGUUGGCCGUGCCAACGGAGUGAGGGCUGGUGGCCCCCGGCCCCAGCCGUGGGCCGAUGGGGGCUAGUGCCCGGGGGCCGGGGCCGGGGCCGGACAGGUGGUGGCGGGAGGGUCCGGCUGGAGGAGGCGGAGUCCCGCCGGGGCGAUUGCUCCGGUCUGAUCCCGCUCCCGGGGCCGGGCCGGGGCCGGGCCCGGGCCGCCGCCAGCCCCCAAAGCGGAUGGCCGAGCGAGGCCUCGCUCCCCGCCGCCUGUCCGGGCUGCCCGCGCGCCCCCGGCCCGGCCCCCGACCCCCGGCCCCCGGGCGCCCCCAUGGCCCCUCAGCGUCGCGGGGGGCCCAGGGCCCCCGACGGCGGCGCCCCGACGGCGGAGCGGGAGCGGCAGCGGCGGCGGCGGCCGAGCAGUGUAAAGAAGGGCCGACUCCUUCAGGAGUCCCUGCGGCAGAAGUGGCUAAAAGCGGCUUUCCUGGGGUCCUCGGCCAUCCUCGGUGGGCUCCUUCUCUGGAGCUGUGUGAGCGGGGACGACGGCGUGACCGAGGUCCUGGCCCAGCAGAGCGAAGUGCUGCAGGACCGGUUCAUCGAGGUGCCCUGUUCCGAGGACUAUGACAGCCACAAAAGAUUUGAAGGGUGCACGCCCAGGAUGUGUGGCCGAGGUGUGACCGACACUGUGAUCACGCGGGAGGAAGCAGAGCGAAUCCGCCGCAUAGCCGAGCGGGGGCUGGCCCUGGGAGGAUCGGAUGGAGGGGCUUCGAUCUUGGACCUGCACUCCGGAGCUCUGUCAGUGGGGAAACAUUUUGUCAACCUGUACAGAUACUUUGGGGAUAAAAUCCAGGAGAUCUUCUCCGAAGAGGAUUUUCAAAUUUACCGGGAGGCACGGCAGAAAAUCCAGCAUACAAUUGCCCGGGCAUUCGGGCUCCGCCCUUCUUCCAUGUACCUGACCAAACCAACGUUUUUCUCCCGCAUCAACAACACCGCGGCCAAGACCACGCAUGACGAGUACUGGCAUCCGCACAUCGACAAGGUGACCUACGGUUCAUUUGACUACACAUCGCUGCUGUACCUUUCGGACUACACGGAGGAUUUUGGUGGAGGGCGGUUUGUCUUCAUGGACGAAGGUGCCAACAGGACAGUGGAGCCGCGAGCAGGACGUAUUUCCUUCUUCACCUCGGGCUCGGAGAACCUCCACCGUGUGGAGAAGGUCCGCUGGGGCACCCGCUUUGCCAUCACCAUCUCUUUCACCUGCAACCCGGACCAUGGCAUCGGUGACCCUGCUUUCACCUGAUGACUGCGGCCAGGCUGGCGGCGGGGAGAGCACGGUGGCGGGACACCGAAUCUCGACUAAGUAAGCCCUGGGAAUCGCCACCGCAGGGACCCACCUCCAGGUACCCCGUUGUACCUGGACAGAUUUCCUCCCUCCCUCCUUCCCUGUCCCACACCCAUCGCUGAGUGCCUUAGCGGCCCCACAAGAGCAAGGGGCUUGUCUCCUCAUGGCUGAACUGGUGAGGACCCAAGCUAGUCUUCCUGCUUUUCCCUGGCUGGCAGAGGGACAGGGAAAGGGGCCAGGGCCGGCCCCCCUGUGCAAAGGGCAUUUUAUAGCAUUAUGUCACCCAGGCUUCCUUCGAGCCGGGGCCCCGCUCCCUCGUGGACCAUCUUCCCUGCUCAGUUCAGUCCAGCACGAGCCCCACGGGUGGUUCAGCCUUGAAAUCACAGAUCUCCAAUGCUGUGAGUCCUUGGGGGUGCCCUCCCCCUCCCAUCACCAGCCCGCCCCGUGGCCCACCAGACCGCCCUAAUGUGUUUCCCUGAUCUCCCUGUGCCCAGAUGGGUUGUUUCUAAAACAAGUUUCCAUCCGCUUUCCCCCCAAUUCCACGCUUCCGGCUCCCUGCACCUCCCCUCCAGCCAGGCUGGAUUUGAAGGAGAGUAUGUGAAUCAGUUUAGCAGGUGACUGCCUGCGAUCAGCUUGGAAACUCUUUUCUGCCUCAGUUUCCCCUCUGAAUGUAAGCUGCCUCCAACUGUCUGGAGAAUGCUAGUGUUGUGGCUGGAGCCAAGCAAAGGCAUGUUUCCAGUGGCAGGGAAUUUGGUAUAAAUCCUGCUGGAGCCUGAGGGGAAAAACAUCAGCAGGAGAGAUGGGGUAGAGAGGGGAGGCAGGGAAGGAGGAGGGAGAGGCAGAAAGGUUGAGGUCUCGGCCUGAGGUCGGCGAGGCCUAGAAGUGCCGGCUGUCUCUGCACAGACCUGCUGAUGUGUUCCCAGGCCCUUCCCUCUCCCCUAGCCCUCAUCUCCAUCCCAGGACUGCUAAAGCUGGAGGCCACCAUCUGCCGGGAUCACCCUCUAGGAGGGGAGCCAAUAGGAGAGGGCAGAAGAAGGAUUGGGGGUGGGGGAGGGUAUCAAUAAAGGACAGGUGACCCAAGUCAGGGGAAUCCAAAGAGAAACUGAAAGGGGCCCCUCGGUGCCCUUUCGUUGGGUCCGUCCAGCAUCCUGGGGCCUCUUACCCUCCAGCCUGCCACCGCUGCCACAGCCGCCAUCUCCUCAAAGAGGAAAGGGCUCCAGGGGUGCGGCACUGUCCAGCCCCCAUGGCCCACACUCUGGCCUUAGGGACUUGGAGGCCCGACAUUCCCCUGAUGAGGUCACCUGCUCCCUUCCCUGGGAAAUGGGACCCAUCAUCGCUCAUCCGCUGUCUCUCAGAAAAGAAAUAAACAUUAUGAGAAACUGUGA